AUGGAGGUCUGGUUAUUGAAAUUUCUGAUUUUGGUCUAUAUUCUCGUUUUAUUUGAAGCAUCAGCAGAAGAACAACCACAAGAAAUUCCAGAUGCAGCUAUAAUUACUGGAGAAGUUACAUUUAAUCUUCAAAAUGUGCAAACUUUAUCAAAUUAUUAUUCAAAUAAAAGUUUGGAACUUAUUAAGCAAUUUAGCAGCAACUAUUCAAAAGACUACAAUUGUGUUGCACAGAAAUUGAAGCUCCAAAAGUAUGGAUCAGAAAUAAUCACUAAUGCAGAAGGUUAUGUUCUUACUUUAUCAGCCAUAAAUCAAUGUUAUGGAAAACAGUCAAAUGAAUUUUUUAGUAAAUAUGCAAACUUUUUGGAGAAGAAAUUGACGAAAAAUUUUCCACUUGAAGAUUUGGAUUGUGUGAAAAUAAGACUAAAGAAACUCAAGCUUGAUUCAAAACUUGUUGCUGAUUUCGAAAGUGAUAAAAUUUCGAAACAGAGACGGAAUUAUUGCAGAAGUAUCUUUCAGCAGGAUUCACUUUUGGAUCUAAACAAUGACCUUCGAAAUCUUCAAGAAUAUCUUUGCAAUGAUUUUACAGAAGAAAUAUCUGAAAUUGUUGAUUUUUCAUUGGCAAUCAUACAUUUUGAAAAAGACAUGAAAUUAAGUCAGUCUGAAUUUGAUAAUAUUGUAAAUUUAUUUGCCAAACUUUUUAAUUUUACUGUUGAAUGUGUUUGGCCUGAUUUGAAAUUUGACGAAGAAAUCAUUUUUGAUGAUGGAGUAAUUGUAACCUAA